CUUCCAUCAUGGCAGGCAGUAAGUUGCUCCUGGAAGGCAGAGUGAGUGUAAAAGCUUUUCUUUUAGGUCUCAGCGUCGUUUUAAUCCCGCUGAUCAGAACCUGGUUCGGACACCUUGACUGGGUCUUUGACUACCUGACUGAAACUCCCGGGAAGAUCGCUAUUUGUGUGUACAUAGCGGUGAUCAACGGCCUGCUGCUGCUCACAUACAGAGGACCUCUGUACAAGGUUGCUGUGAGAGCCGGUUUCCUGGGAGUUACUUUUGGCUGCGGUUUGAUCAUAAGCUUCUCUGAAACCACGUGGACUCACUUUGGCUGGUACAUGUGCUCGCUGUCGUUCUUUCAUUACUCCGAGUACCUGGUGACGGCCAUCAUAAACCCCCGCAGUCUGUCCCUGGACUCGUUCCUGCUCAACCACAGCGUGGAGUACACGCUGGCCGCCGUGUCGUCCUGGGUGGAGUUCACGGUGGAGAAGAUGAUGGUUCCAGAGCUGAAGCAACUGAAGUGGCUGAGCGUGGCGGGCCUGCUCAUGGUGCUGUGCGGCGAGGGCCUGCGGAAGGCGGCCAUGCUGACGGCCGGCUCCAACUUCAACCACAUCGUGCAGAACGAGAAGGCCCACAGCCACGUGCUGGUCACCAGUGGGGUCUACGCCUUCUUCAGACACCCGUCCUACGUGGGCUGGUUCUACUGGAGCACAGGAACUCAGGUCAUGCUGUGUAACCCCAUCUGCAUCUUCGGCUACACGAUAGCCAGCUGGCGGUUCUUCCGGGAGCGGAUAGAGGAGGAGGAGCUCUCCCUCAUCCACUUCUUCGCCGAGGACUAUGUGGAGUACAAGAAGAGGGUUUCCACCGGGCUGCCCUUCAUCUCCGGCAUCCGAGUCAACUAGUCCCAGGAGCCGGAUGCUGGACGUAACGGAUUUAAAGCACCAAAGCAGGUCAGGCCUGGUGGGUGUGUGUCGGCUGCCGUGGCAGCUACCCUCCGGAGGUAAAACCUUGCAGCUGGCUGAGAGCCUGCAGCUCAGACACACCGUGGCAGCUGGGAGGGCGGCAGGGCAGUCGGGCCGCUUUUGUUUUCUACCAACCUCCAGUUAAAGAACCGACGACCUCUGCUGUACACGUAUUCCUCCCUCCAUCUCUUUCACUCCCGUCUGCCUGCAUGCUCCGACCAUCCCUCGUGUUUCACUCAUCGCCCGUCGUCUUCUGAAUGAUUCUGCUGGACUUUUUGAAAUCACGUCUGAAAUGAAUGUUCCCUGAAGUUAUAGUUGGAUUCACAAGGUCAACCGUUUCCUUCACGACCCGGAAGCCUGAAUCUGAAUUUAAUUCAUUUCCCUUUGGGGAAUAAUAAAGUUUUAUUUUAUUUUUA